CAUAUGGUUAAAGUUGUAGACAUGGAUCACCUGAAAUUAACAGAGGACAAGUUGUCGGUGGAGGCCAUCAGUGAGCUGGUGGGGGACAGCAGCUGUGGUGCCAUCUCCGUUUUCAUUGGCACAACCAGAGACAACUUCGAAGGUAAAAAGGUGGUCAAGUUGGAGUAUGAAGCAUACGAGGCGAUGGCGUUGAAGGCUUUUAAAGACAUUUGCAAUGAAAUCAGAAGCAAAUGGCCGGCUGUACAUGGCAUUGCUAUUUACCACAGAGUGGGGGAGGUGGAGUGCCGGGAGGCUUCGCUGGUGGUGGCGGUGAGCAGCGCGCACCGCGGGCCCGCGCUGGCCGCCACCGCGCACUGCGUCGACAGCCUCAAGGCGAGCGCGCCCGUCUGGAAGCGCGAGCACUACGCCGGCGAGCACGCGCCCGUCUGGAAGGAGAACCCCGAAUGUUCACCACCACUACCACAUAGAUCGCCAUGUCCAUCACCUCCUCGGCCACCGGACAACACGACCGACAGAAACCUUAUUCAGAUCAAUGUGUCCAACGAGGAGCUGCAGCAACGCAUACAGAACUUUAUAGAGCGGAAGCGGGCGCAAGUGGACGCGACCAACAUCGUCGACUUCAUCCCCGGCCACUGCGAUAGCGAGACGCAGGACGCCGACACGUGCGCCAGAGUACGCACCCAGUUCGUUAAGCGGUCCGACUCCAAGGGACACUUGAAAAUACGCAAGGUGCACAACGAGUGGGGCCCGCAGCUGUCGCGCGGCGGGUGCGGGGCGGGGCGCGAGGUGGGCGGGGCGGGGCGCGAGGAGGGCGGGGCGCUGCCGGGGGGCGUGGCGGAGCGGCUGCGCGCGGCGGAGGAGUACCUGAGCGUGACGCCGGUGGGGAGCGACGUGUACCGCAGGCUGAAGCAGGUGGAGGAUCGCAUCGCGCAGCUGCAGGCCAUCUCACCGGAGUACGCCCACUUCUGGAAAUGCAAGAGCGAGGCGGCGGAGGCGAGCCCGGAGGCGGCGGAGUGCGCCUUCUCCGCGGAAGACAUCGCGCGCAAGAUCGACCAGCUGGAGCAGCUGGAGCGCCGGCCCCCCACCAGCUCGCCCACGUGACACACACUGCUGCUGCCCACAUCUCUCUCUCCCUCUCUAUCAAUCUUAAAUAAAACAAUAUUAACU